AUGGCCCCGUCUUCGCUUGAUUUUGUGUUGAAGGGCAGCUCCGGCCGGAGCACGCGCGGUCUAUUGCGGGUUAUCAUCCUCUGUACCAUUGCCGCCGCCGCAGUUUCCAGCCGACUGUUCAGUGUUAUUAGAUUUGAAAGUAUCAUCCACGAAUUCGAUCCCUGGUUUAACUUCCGUGCAACAAAAUACUUGGUCGAAAAUGGCUUCUACAGCUUCUGGGAUUGGUUCGAUGACCGAACAUGGCACCCUCUGGGUCGUGUCACUGGUGGCACAUUGUACCCUGGAUUGAUGGUGACCAGCGGCGUGAUCUACCACAUCCUCCGUUUCCUCACUAUCCCUGUUGACAUUAGAAACAUCUGUGUCUUGCUCGCCCCCGGUUUCUCUGGACUAACGGCCCUGGCCAUGUAUCUUCUCACCUCCGAGAUGUCCACUUCUCCUUCCGCAGGUCUCCUGGCCGCCGCCUUCAUAGGUAUCACCCCGGGUUACAUCUCUCGAUCCGUGGCGGGCAGUUAUGACAAUGAAGCGAUUGCAAUUUUCCUAUUGGUCUUCACAUUCUACCUCUGGAUCAAGGCCGUGAAGAACGGUUCGAUCAUGUGGGGAGCCCUGACCGCAUUGUUCUACGGAUACAUGGUCUCGGCUUGGGGUGGAUACGUUUUCAUCACCAACCUGAUUCCCCUUCACGUUUUUGUCCUUCUCUGCAUGGGCCGAUAUAGUACCCGUGUUUAUAUCAGCUAUACCACCUGGUAUGCCUUGGGGACAUUGGGAAGCAUGCAGAUUCCCUUCGUCGGUUUCUUGCCUAUCCGCAACAGUGAUCACAUGUCUGCACUUGGUGUCUUUGGACUGAUUCAAUUGGUGGCUUUCGCCGAGUUCAUCCGAGCCUAUCUCCCAGGCAAGCAGUUCCAGAAGCUCCUCACUUCCAUGGUUUUACUCACCUUUGGCCUUGGAUUUGGUGGCCUCGUUCUGCUGUCAGUCACUGGGGUCAUUGCUCCCUGGAGUGGCCGUUUCUACUCUCUGUGGGAUACUGGCUACGCCAAGAUCCAUAUUCCGAUUAUUGCCUCCGUCUCUGAACACCAGCCUACCGCCUGGCCUGCCUUCUUCUUUGACCUGAACUUCCUUAUCUGGCUCUUCCCAGCCGGUGUAUUCAUGUGCUUCCAGAAACUUAAGGAUGAGCAUGUAUUUGUGGUCAUCUACUCGGUCCUUGCCAGCUACUUCGCUGGCGUCAUGGUCCGUCUGAUGCUCACCCUGACACCCAUUGUUUGUGUUGCAGCUGCUCUUGUCUUGUCGUGUAUCCUCGAUAACUUCGUGGUUGCAUCGACCCCGAAGCCUGAAGCUAAAGCCGCGGUAAAUACCGAUGAUAAGUCGCUUCGGUCGACCCGGAACCCCGUCAUCGGUAUCUACUCGUACUUCUCCAAGUCUGUCGUGGUAGGCUCAGUCACCCUUUACCUGCUCCUGUUCGUCGCACACUGCACCUGGGUUACUUCCAACGCAUACUCCUCGCCAUCCGUGGUGCUGGCUAGUAAGCUACCUGACGGUAGCCAGUUCAUCAUCGAUGACUACCGCGAGGCCUACUAUUGGCUUCGUCAGAAUACCCCUGACAAUGCCAAGAUCAUGGCCUGGUGGGAUUAUGGAUACCAGAUUGGUGGCAUGGCUGACCGUCCUACCCUGGUUGACAACAACACUUGGAACAAUACCCACAUUGCCACUGUUGGCAAGGCUAUGAGCUCCCGCGAGGAAGUCAGCUACCCCAUUCUACGCCAGCAUGACGUCGACUAUGUCCUGGUCGUGUUCGGUGGACUGCUUGGCUACUCCGGCGACGAUCUGAACAAGUUCCUCUGGAUGGUUCGUAUCGCCGAGGGGAUUUGGCCAGACGAGGUGAAGGAGCGCGACUACUUCACCGCCCGUGGUGAGUACCGCGUGGAUGAGGAGGCCACCCCAGCCAUGAAGAACAGCUUGAUGUACAAGAUGUCAUACCAUAACUAUCAGUCCCUCUUCCCGGCCGGUCAGGCCAUGGACCGUGUUCGUGGUGCAAAGCUCCCCAAGGAAAGCCCUCAGCUCAACACACUGGAGGAGGCUUUCACUAGCGAGAACUGGAUCGUCCGUCUCUACAAGGUCAAGGACCUGGAUAACCUCGGUCGUGAUCACAGCAACGCCGUUGCCUUUGACAAGGGGCUUAAGCGCAAGCGUGCUACAAAACGCAAGGGUCCUCGUGUUCUGCGAACCGAGUAG